CUGCAUGUCAACUGCUACAUUUCUUACACAAUUGAAUUUCAAUAAUUAUAGAAUGUCUACCAUUCAAGGAUCAGCAGCCGGCGAUGACCACCACCGCGACGACGACAAUCAGUAUCUUUUGUCCUACAGCGACGACGACCACGAUCAUCUCAAGAGGCUGCCCCCGCCGCUAACUCUGCUGCAACAGGCCUACAAGAGCGGCGCGGACCUCGUUAAGUACCUCCCCACCGGCACCGCCAUCGCCUUUCGCGUCCUCUCUCCCAUCGUCACCGACUACGGGAGCUGCCCUGUCCCAGUCAACCGGAUGAUGACCCUCGCCCUCCUCUUCUUCUGCGCCCUUACCUCCUUCGUCCUCCCCUUCACCGAUAGCUUCACCGACUCCGUCACCGGAAGCGUCCGCUAUGGCCUGGCCACCUACAGAGGCCUGCUCAUCAUCGACGGCUGUCCUUCGCCGCCGCCGGCGCUCGCGGCCAAGUACAAGCUGACGCCCAUCGACUUUGUGCACGCGUUUAUGACGCUGAUCGUGUUCGUCGCCGUCGCGUUGGCGGACCACAACGUGGUCUCGUGCUUCUACCCGAUCGAAUCGGACACCAUGGCGCAGUUGGUGGCGGCUGUGCCGGUCGUGGUUGGGCUCCUCGCUAGCGCGUCGUUCGUGGCCUUUCCGACCACACGUCACGGGAUUGGGUUUCCGGUCACCCCAGAAGCAUCGACGCGUUAAUUUCUUGCUUGCGAGACCAGAUCCUGUCCAAAAAAACUGUGAAUCAGGAUGGAUCACCAGCCAUAAUUAAUUGUAAUUUUUUUAGGGUUCAUCGUCCUUCUAAAUUAUAGUUUGGGUCAAGAUGAAUGAUCGAAGAUCGUCCCCUGCUCGGCACCGGGCAACUUAGUCAUUUGUCCACCACCGGUGGCCUCCGGCCAUCCGCCCCGACCCAAAAUAUAACUUGGGGGGACAAUGAACGCAGAGAAAGAUCACAACUAAUUGUAAUAGGAUUGUGGAUAUGAUUUGAUAAUAAUUACAAGUGAUUAUUAUCAAAAAAUCAUCCCGUGUUAAGAUAAUUAAACUA